AUGCCAUCCGCAUAUAAGAGCAAAGGGAAAGGUCGCGAUGCGCGCCGAUCGCGUAGUCGCAAUACGACACCCUCCAACGCGGGAGGUGCACCGGCACUCCCAAGCUACCUCGAGACCGAUGUAACGAAGCUCAUUGAUAUGGCCCAGGGCCAAUAUACGGACCUCCUAGACCUUGUUGCUGGACCGAACAUUCCCGACUCAAAAACGUUGGAAACAUUGGUGGAGCAUCUCACUAGUCUUAGUGACAUGGCAGAUAGCCGGGGUGAGGUGUUCAAUGCAGGAAUGCGAGAAAUGUCACAGAAGCGAAAGGACGUAGUGGAAGACCAAGAUCUCAGUCGUGAGGUUGAAGCGCGUGCGAAAUUGAAGAGAGAGACCGAGGAAGACGAUGAUACAAUCCACAAAGCGAAGCCGAAGAAGCGGAAAGAGCGCGCAAGCAAGGAAGAGCGACCGUUAAACCAUGGGGCACAUGAACUAAGUCGUCAAGAUGGAGCCGAAACGAAAGUAGAAGGUGCUGCUUCUCCAGUGUUUAAAAAUUCGAAAAACGCUGCCUCCGAUGGGAGUUCCUCCCUUUCCCCUCCCUCAAUGUUAUCCCCGAAUGGCCCUGCGGGUGGGAACGAUGGCGCUGCACCUGAGUCCCCCGGGUCGGACUCGAGUGAUUCCUCUCACCAGCCCGAGCCCCAGCCAGCAGUACCACAGGUUCAAGUGUUUGGUAAAAACCCGUUGAAAUUCGAUGAUCCCACCGUCUACCACAUCCGCGACAUUCUCCCACAUAUGACCGACGAUGACAAGAAGGAAAUCUUUAGCGUUGCUCGCUUCCCCAAGACCGACCUUGCUCAUAUGAUGGCUGGUAUUGCGCCUGAUAAGGACUUCAGUAACGCAAAACCUUCCAAUCAAGUCAGCGCAAAUACCUUCCAGGCUUACAUUGAACCAUAUGUUCGACCCCUCAUGGAAGAGGAUAUCGCGUGGCUAAGAGAAAGAGGAGAUCGUGUGUCACCUUUCAUCAACCCGCGCCGGGGAAAGAGAAGCUAUCGCCAGGUCUGGGCGGAAGAAGAUGGUGUAUCCUACGACCAAAGCCAGGACGAGAAAGAUCAACUCCCAUUGAACCAAGGACGCGGUAGUGUUGAAAACUUGACAGAUGAAAAACUUGAGACCAACGAGGUUUCCAUCGGUCCGCUUCUUAGCCGUCUCUGUUCCCUUCUACGAUAUGAGCACCGGACUUUACCCGAGGAUACAGCCACUUCAACAAAUGGGGACUCAGUUGCACCAAAUGGACUAGGAGGUGGAGAGGCAAUGGACUUAGACCAACCUAAUGGUAAUGGCGAACCGGAUACCACCAAGCCAGAGAAUAAAACUCUUCCACCAGCAACAGCCUUCCGCGACGCCAAUCCCAACGAAUUCAAGACCUCGGUUGCAAAGCUCGAUCACGCCCAGCUUGACGAACGUGCUAAGGCAGAACUGCGAUACAUCGGGUUCUUGGGACCCGAUGAUAAUCCCGAUUACGAUGCUCAUUAUGACGACGAGGUAUCCGAGCGUCUUCGACUUCUACAAAGUGAACUCAAGAAACAAAUUGUCACGAAUAAUGCGCGCAAGGCCCGUAUCCUCAAAAUCGCCCAGGAGCACAUGGCUCUUCUCGAGUUCACUACUAUUCAGGAUGACCUUGAUACUCAGGUUCAGCAGGCUUAUCUCAAGCGCACCCGGACAAUGGGCAAGAGUAAAAAGGGAGCGCAAGCUAAGCACCGCCCCGGUGGUGCGGGUGGUGGUAGCCAUGUCGCGGGUGUAUCACGGCCUGCUGUAGGUGAUCAGGCGAAGACUGUCAUGGAUCGUCGCAAGCGUUGGAAUGAUGCUUUCUUGCCUAUCUUCGAAGAUAUCAAGACUACGAUUCCGUCAGAAGGAGAAACAAUCUUCGAUCCUGCGACCAUGGCCGAGCAUGAAAAGGCCGAGCUGGAGAACUGGGACGAAGAAUAA